AAGUGUCGAAUUCUCUCGAGCUCUCCCGAAGAUAGGCAAUCGGCUCCUUUUUGACACUCGGGGAAACAAGGAUGGAGGAACUGGCUACCAACCUACUCGCAGAAGGCAUUCAGAAGAAAGUGGUCAGUCCUGGCAAAGGAGACCUGUCAACGUUUCCUGAUGGAACCAAGGUGAGUUAUAAAAUACUGAAUUUAAUCCACGGUCAAAGAGUAGUUUUGUAUGCAUAUUUCUGGCUAAAGUGGUUAGCAUUAUUAGCUAACGUUAGCAUGGAGCGUAAUUAUCGAGGUUUGACAUGUUCAAAGGUGACGCAUACAUUACCUUAUUUUAGUUAAACUAUAACUCUGUCUACCAGAAUUGUUAUUGACAGAAAUUAUCAGCCAUCAAGUAAUUGUUGAAGCAAAAACGAUAAUUUUCUUGGUGAGACUGUAAGAGGGCGGGGCUUUUACCGGAUAGACAUGUUUUCAUUGAUUUUCGUCUCUUAUUGGCCGGUGCGGAUGUCCGUCAGCUUGUAAACAUUAGUACUAGGUUUUAAUUGGAUAGUCGGCAUGACUAACUGUAUUGUUGGAUAAUCAGUGUGAAUUUGUACCUCUUUUCCUGUUGAUAAAAAUCUCGAAUUUCGUUUCUGUGAAAGACAUGCAUAAUAAACCUUUUACCAGCUCACGCUAUCAGCAUUUAUUGUCCAACUUUUGUAUAUAAUAAUGUUCAGCCUGCUGAGAAGUGAUAAUGUAGACACUACACCGUUUACUUAAGGUGAACGCACCAAUUUGUAAGUCGCUCUGGAUAAGAGCGUCUGCUAAAUGACGUAAAUGUAAUGUACUGUUACAAAACAGAUAAAACACAGUUUCAUUAAUACAAUGCAUUUCACUGAACACAAAUAUAAACACAACAUUCAACAAUUUAAAAAGAUUUUACUGAGUUACAGUUCAUAUAAGGAAAUCCAGUCAAUUGAAAUUUAUUAAUUUGGCCCUAAUCUAUGGAUUUCACGACUGGGAAUACAGAAAUGCAUAUGUUGGUCACAGAUAUCUUUUAAAAAAUUAGGUAGGGUGGUGGAUCAGAAAACCAUUCAAUAUCUGGUGUAACCACCAUUUGCCUCAUGCAGCGCGACACAUCUCCUUUGCAAAUAGUUGAUCUGGCUGUUGAUUGUGGCCUGUGGAAUGUUGCCCCACUCCUCUUCAAUGGCUGUGUGAAGUUGCUGGAUAUUGGCGGAAACUGGAACCCGCUGUCAUACACGUCGAUCCAGAGCAUCCCAAACUUGCUCAACGAGUGACAUGUCUGAUGAGUAUGCAGGUCAUGGAAGAACUGGGACAUUUUCAGCUUCCAGGAAUUUUGUACAGAUCCUUGCUACAUGGGGCUGUGCAUUAUCAUGCUGAAACAUGAAGUGAUGGCGGUGGAUGAAUGGCACGACAAUGGGCCUCAGGAUCUCGUCACGGUAUCUCUGUGUAUUCAAAUUGCCAUCGAUAAAAUGCAAUUGUGUUCGAUGUCCGUAGCUUAUGCCUGCCCCAUACCAUAACCCCACCGCCAUCAUGGGCCACUCUGUUCAUAACGUUGACAUCAGCAAACCGCCCACACGACGGCAUACACGCUGUCUACCAUCUGCCCAGUACAGUUGAAACUGGUAUUCAUCCGUGAAGAGCACACUUCUCCAGCGUGCCAGUGGGCAUCGAAGUUGAGCAUUUGCCCACUAAAGUCGGUUACGAAGCCGAACUGCAGUCCGGUCAAGACCUUGGUGAGGACUACGAGCACACAGAUCAGCUUCCCUGAGACAGUUUCUGACAUUUGUGCAGAAAUUAUUUGGUUGUGCAAACCCACAGUUUCAUCAGCUGUCCGGGUGGCUGGUCUCAGACGAUCCCGCAGGUGAAGAACCCAGAUGUGGAGGUCCAUGGCUGGCGUGGUUACACGUGGUCUGCGGUUGAGGUCGGUUGGCCGUACUGCCAAAUUCUCUAAAACGACGUUGGAGGCGGCUUAUGGUAGAGAAAUUAACAUUAAAUUCUCUGGCAACAGCUCCGGUGGACAUUCCUGCAGUCAGCAUGCCAAUUUCAUGCUCACUCAAAACUGGAAACAUCUGUACCAUUGAACCCAGCACAAGGUGCACCUGUGUAAUGAUCAUGCUGUUUAAUCAACGUAUUGUUAUGCCACACCUGUCAACUGGAUGGAUUAUCUUGGCAAAGGAGAAAUGCUCACUAACAGGGAUGUAAACAAAUUUGUGAUAAACAUUUUAGAGAAAUACGUUUUUUGUGCGUAUGGACAAUUUCUGGGAUCUUUUAUAUCAGCUCAUGAAACAUGGGACCAACACUUUACAUGUUGCGUUUUAUAUUUUUGUUCACUGUAUUACAUGAUUUAUCCACUUGUGUAAUACCAGUUCUCCAUUCUAUCCCCCCAAUUUUCCAACAGGUAAUAUUCCACUACCGCUCCAGCCUGUGUGAUGGCACAGUGCUGGAUGACUCCAGGACCAUGGGGGGCCGGAGCAAGCCCAUGGAACUCAUCCUGGGGAAGAAGUUCAAGCUGGCCGUGUGGGAGCGAGUCAUCACCACCAUGAGGGAGGGAGAGGUGGCAGAUUUCACAUGUGACGUCAAGGUGGGUCGCCCAACUUAACAAGGUUGACUUGGAUGGAUUAGAGACCGUUACAUCUGUACACACACACGCGUACAAUUGGUGGCAAAAACAUUGAUCGUUAUGGAAUUUGACAGGGUUUGUCAAUGCGUUUUGUUAAUUGUUUCCCUUCAGAGAACUGCCUUAAUUAUACUUUCAAACCCACCAGUCCCUCAAUUUGUCCCAGUGAAUGUAAUGUAACCAUCCUCUUUCCUUCUCCCUCUCUCCCCACAGCACACAGCCCUGUACCCGCUGGUGUCCCAGUCCCUGAGGAACAUCAGUGCAGGGAAGGACCCCCUGGAGGGCCAGAGACACUGCUGUGGCAUCGCUCAGAUCCACUCACACCACUCCCUGGGCCACUGUGACUUGGACCAGCUCCAGGCCAACCCUCAGCCCCUAGUCUUCACCCUGGAGCUCAUGGCGGUGAGGGGGGGCUUAUCUCUUCUCCAUUAGGGGUCCAAGCACCCUGUGCUGAGUCUGGCUCCUCUCAAGGUUUCUUCCAUCCAGGGAAUUUUCCUUGCCACUGUGCUACUGCUUAUUUCUUAGCGUCCCAUGCACUGAAGGUGCUUUGCUCUAAGUAAAUGGACAUCUGUCUCGCCUAGAUGGUUAUAUGAACUCUGAAGUUCUACCAGGACAUCAAGAGGAGGAUGGCACCCUUCCUUUCAAAGUUUAUGUCCUCAACAUAGUUUUUCCUUUGCCACUGUGCUCCUGUUUGCUAUUUGGGGCUUUAGGCCUGGUUACUGUAAAACUGUGUUUGUUAAAAGCACUACAUCAAAAUGUUUUCUAACCAUUUUAUCACCAAAGCAGCACUCAUGCCUCUGUCAUUUCACUGCAUAAAUACAUUUUGAUUGAAUAAUAUGAUUGACGCCUCUCUCCCAGGUUUUGACGCCCGGCUCGUUCAGACUGGACAUCUGGGCGAUGACGGACGAGGAGAAGCUGGAGGCGGUGCCUCAGAUCCACGUGGAGGGUAACGCCCUGUACAAGAGGGGCGACGUGAAGGAGGCUGCCGAGAAGUACUACAAUGCCAUCGCCUGUCUAAAGAACCUGCAGAUGAAGGUAAACAUUUAUGACUUCAAACCUGGGGACUUGCUUUUUUUGGCAUUUUUAUUUAAUAGGGUAACAUUUAGAGCACUGCAGACAUGUGCUUUUCAUUUAGUUGAGAUAACUAGCCAUUCUGCAUGUCAUGUCAAAUGAGAUCUAUGCAUUCCCUGUCUAUAGAACGUCUUGACCCCACUAAAUAAGUGGCUAGUCUUCUAACUCCUCCCCAUCCUUGGCCCCUCCUCCAAUCAGGAGCGUCCGGGCGACGAGGGCUGGAUCAAGCUGGACCUCAUGAUCUCACCCCUGAUGCUGAACUACUGCCAGUGUCAGCUGAUCCAGGGUCAGUACUACGAGGUGCUGGACCACUGCUCCUCCAUCAUCUCCAAAUAUGAGGGUGAGUCACAAACUUCUGAAUACAUUCAGGUGUAGCCCUGCCCUAGGAUCAAGUGAAUAUGCUGAAUUCACAUAACAAUAGGCUAUGCUCUGAAAGCGAAUGUGUAAUUUGUUGCCGCACCAUCAUUACUUAAGACAAUCCCUUUAAAAAUAAACAUUUGUUACUUUUGCUGUUCUGUUUUGUCUGUCUACAGCAGGCCUGUUGCUAGCGAAUGACAGGUUAUCUUGAGCUUUUAUUGCUUACUACCAGCUGCUCAACUUAAAUGUGUGUAAACUUAACACCAUUUGAACACACCGGCCUCUUUCCCAUUGACACACUCUUACCUCCCACCCCCACAGACAACGUGAAGGCCUACUUCAAGCGGGCCAAGGCCCACGCGGCGGUGUGGAACGAGGCGGAGGCGCGGGCCGACUUUGCCAAGGUUGUGGAGCUGGACCCGUCGCUGGGGCCCUCGGUGGCCAAGGAGCUGAGGGCCAUGGAGGAGAGGAUCCGCUCCAAGGAGAAGGAGGAGAAGGGCCGCUAUAAGAGCCUGUUCAGCUACGACAGCAACGCCCCGGCCACCGCUUCCACGGUGAGUAGCCGAGUACCUCUAGAAGUAGAUGUUAGGAUCUGGGCCCAUAUUAAAACAGAAUCUCAGAGUAGGAGUGCUUAUCUAGGAUCAGGUCCCCCCCCCCCCCCCUUCCCUAUAAUCUAAUUCAUUAUAAUCUAGGCCAAACUAAUCUAUACCAGCACUCAUACUCUAAUGCUAUUUGAGUGCUUUUCCCAGAUCUAGGAUCAUAUUACCCGGUGUGAAGAAAAUGUCUACCCUUUUUUUUUUUUUAUACUAGUGAAAUUAAUGAUCCAUCUGUCUUUACACUAAUUUAUGUAUUUUUUAAUUGGCACUAUUUCAUCCCUUAUUAGUGUUUAAUUACUAAUUAGGUAAUGUUGUUGUACUUUGAAUGUCUAAAACUGUGUUAUGCACUCUUUUAGGGUUGAAUUAAGAAGAGGUUUAUUUUUGUUAAAAAGAAGAGAGGAGGAGCAGUUGUGGACACAUUGCUGACACGUUUAGUUUUAUCCACACACCAAAGCCAUAUUCAGUGUCCCCAUGAAACAUCACUUUCGCAGUGCACACACUUUUCCCUCACAAAACCCACACGCCACUUGCAUGACACACAUUCUCUUUCUAGAUUCACCUUGAUCUUUUAUAGAAACGACAUUACACACCCACACAAAUGUACCCUCAACACCAACAGACUUUCAAAGUUCAGCUUUCCCCUACCGCAAACAGCCAGUUACAUCACACACACGCUGCAAAAGCACAGGAAUACGCAGGAGAUCCUCCACUUCUGGCAGUAUGACUGGGACAUCAACUCGGAGACAAUCAUAAGAUGGAUGAUGAUAUGUAUGGGACACUAGAGCAGUCCCCACCAUUUCCCUCUUGUUCACCCCUUUCUUAUUUACCCCUAUUAAUGUUCUACAUAUGACUCUAUCCAAGUUAUUUACUCUCAUCUUCACUUGUAUCUAUUAUUGCUAUGUUAUUAUUACUAUAUUACAUUUCAUUUGCUAAUCUGUGUCUUUGUAAUCCUGUAUAUUUUUAGCUAGGACAUUUUGUAAUGGACUGUUUUGCCCUCAACUCAACCACCAUCCCAACCCCACUUGCCUUUUGGUCAGUCGAACCGAGCUAAUGAUUUGCCAAGUCAUUGGCAUCAGUGAGUGUAGUUGGGAUAGUGGCCAUCAUUUUGGCCCCUAGCUCCUUCCCGGUCUGUGUUCAAUGAACUGAAAGGACUGGAUAGGGGAAGGCAAUAUGGCGGAGGCUCCACUUAUUCUAUUGGAGGCCUAGUCACCGAAGGGCUAGAGAUGGUAAUGGAACCGGGGCGUUGACUGACUGGCAAGCAUCAAGUAAAAAGGUCAAGAGAGCCUCUUCUGUAGGGCCCAUUUUCAUAGAUUUGCACAUCAAACGGCUGACACAGCUCGUCAUACCAGCAUUUAACUAAUUUGUCCCUGAAAAUUGUAUCUAAGGGUCACCAUGACUUGACUCGUGUGUCAGUUGAAUGAAAUGGGUGUUCUUAUCUAGCCUGGUUAAAGCAGAGUAAACGCUACACUCAACAUUGUUUCCUUGGUGAGCAGUGUUCAACCAGGCUACUUAUCAUGCUUUCUAUAAAAUGUCUACGGCGGGACAGCGAGGAACGCUUUUUGCAGCCAUCUUUUGCUGUUAUGUUGUGACUGAGAAGCCAAAUAAAGAGGUGCAGCUCUUACUCGUGUGUUCGUAGUGGUACUCACCCACACUUACUUAGGCCUCAUUGUGCAAAGUGGUGUGUAAGGCCUUCACCAAGAUCUCCACACACUCACAUAGUGCCUAUAGAAGGUCUAUACCACCUUCACCUUUUGCUGCCUUAUAGCCUGGAAUUAAAAUGCAUUAAAAAAAAUCCAUUGAUCUUUGCAUCCUACCCCACAAUUUACAUGUGAAAAUAAAUAAAUUGUGAACUAAAAUAGCUUGAUUGGAUAAGUGUCCACCUCACUUGUAAUAGCAAUCCUAAAUUACCUCCGGUGUAACCAAUCACCUUCAAAAUCAUACACCAAGUUAAUUGGCCUCGACCUGUGUUAAAUUCUAGUGAUUCACAUGAUUUCAGGAUACAUUUAGCAGUUCCUGUAGGCUCCCUCUGGUGGGUAGUGAAUUGCAAAGCAAACACUCAACCAUGAGCUUUCAAAAGAACUCUGGGACAGA